GAGUGGGGAUGCUGUAUGUAUGCGCGUGUGUAAAUAUUUAUGUGUGUGGCCAUCGCAGCAACGAACCCAGUUACCAGAGCAGUCGGUCAACAGGCCAACCAACCAUCUACCACAUUCUGCCUGAAAACCAUCUCAUUCCGAAGCACUUCCAUCCCAAGAACCCCACCUAAACAGGCCAUUCGGUUCUAGUUUGGAUCUAAUCGAGACAGAAAAUGCUAUACCAGCUCUCCCGAUCGACAUCGCGGUCCUACCGCUCGAUCAAAAACCAUCUACAGCCAUCCCGAACCCAAACCCUCACCAGACCACUCUCAACCGCCAUCCCAUCCUCAAUCUUCAAGCAGCAUGAUCUGAUGGUCAAAGCAUCCCAGACCAAGGAAGGUCAAGAACUAUCCAGGCGAUGGAUCACUAACUCAUCCGCCGGUCGGAUCGAUUCUGAUAGAGAAACGAUCAUCAAGCUACUCUACUCGAUCGCCUCGAAGCAUGAAGUCGAAAGAUAUCUCAGAAUCUUCUCAACCGCAAACACCUUUGCGGUCCUGAAAGUGGGCGGAGCGAUCCUGUCUGAGGAUUUAGAAUCACUCUCCUUGAGCCUCAGCUUCUUGAAUAAAGUAGGACUAUACCCGGUCGUCUGUCAUGGAAUGGGACCUCAGCUCAACAAGUUACUCGAAGACGCCGGGGUUGUACCGGAUUACAUCGAUGGGAUCAGGAUUACAGAUGCUAAGACACUCGAGAUCGGUCGACAGGUCUUCUUAGCCGAAAACUUGAAACUAGUGGAAGCUUUAGAGAAGCUUGGAACCCGAGCCCGACCGAUCACCAACGGGGUCUUCUAUGCCGAUUAUCUCGAUCGGGAGAAGUACGGCUUCGUGGGAAAGAUCAACAAGAUCAACAAAGAGCCGAUCGAAGCUAGUAUUCGGGCUGGUGCCUUGCCAAUCCUCACCAGUCUGGCGGAGACCAAGGACGGCCAGAUCCUGAAUGUGAAUGCGGAUGUAGCUACCAGCGAAUUAGCUAAAGUUUUGGAGCCGGUCAAGAUCGUCUUCCUCAACGAGAAGGGUGGACUAUUUCACGGCGUCACUCAGGAAAAGCUGGAUGUCAUCAACCUGGAUGAAGAAUAUGAUAGUCUGAUGAAGCAAGAAUGGGUCAAGUAUGGCACCAAACUCAAAAUUCGUGAGAUCAAGGAGCUCUUGGAUCAUCUACCUCGCUCUACCUCGGUUGCCAUUAUCUCUCCAGAAGAUCUACAGAAGGAAUUAUUCACCGAUUCUGGAGCCGGUACUUUAAUCAGAAGAGGAUACAAGCUUCACAAGCAUUCGAGCGUUGAUUCGAUCGGAAAAGAUCGUUUGCGAAAUGUCUUGCAAGAGCGUGAUCCAGAUGUUCAAUCUGGGCAAAUCAGUGUUUCCGAAAUCUUUGCCGAUCUCGAGGACAAGAGUUACACGAUCUAUGCGGAUGAACAAUUUGAUGUGGUGGCGAUGAUCUCUCACCCUCCCAACAAAGUCCCAGUGCUCACGAAGCUCUUGACCUCACGGAAUGCGGUCCUGAACUCGAUUUUGGACAACGUGUGGGCGUCCAUCCGGACCGAUUUCAAGAAACUGUUCUGGACCUCCAACGGGAGCGAGGGCGAGACCAAGAGCUGGCACUUCGAUAAGGCAGACGGAAGCUUCACGCGUGCCGGCAAGAGCUUAUUCUACUAUGGAAUCCAAGAUGUCGGCGAGGUCGAAAGCUCGAUCAAGAGCUUUGUUGAUGAUGGCAGGGUCCCGCGGCCCUAUCUACCGAUUGUCCACAGAAAGCUCAGCUCGACAACUGCCCCCAGCCAAUCGCAAGCGUCCUCCCCGAUGGGUCAAAAACGACAUUAUGCGACGGCCGCCGGCCAGUCCACGCCCAAGAAAAUCGGUCUGAUCGGAGCCAGAGGGUUCACCGGCUCCCAACUAGUCUCGCUUAUUAACGGCCACCCCAACCUCAGUCUGGCCCAUGUCUCAUCUCGGGAGCUUGCCGGCCAACGGCUUGCGAACUACGACAAGGCCGAAAUCAUAUACGAAAACCUUGGAGCGCGAGAGGUACAAGAGAUCGAGAAGAGUGGAGAAGUAGACGCUUGGGUGAUGGCUUUGCCCAACGGCGUCUGUAAACCCUUCGUCGACGCCAUCGAGAACGUUCGCUCCAACAAUCUGCAACAAGACUCUAGCUCUCAGAAAGGUAGUGUCAUCGUUGACUUGAGUGCUGAUUACCGGUUUGAGAAAAACUGGACCUAUGGCUUGCCGGAACUGUACAACCGAGAAGAGAUUCGAGGAUCGGUUCGGAUAUCGAAUCCGGGCUGUUAUGCGACGAAUAUCCAGCUCCUACUGGCGCCGUUGAUGCCCUACAUGGGAGGGAGUGGACCAACGGUGUUUGGGAUCUCGGGGUAUAGUGGAGCGGGGACGCUGAAAGGGAACGUACCGAAGAUCAGUGGAGAAGAGCUUGAGGGAUGCGUCCGGCCAUAUUCGUUAACAGACCACAUCCACGAGCGAGAGGCCAGUUACCAUUUAGGCAAGCAGGUCGAUCGAGCAGGUGAUUUCCAGGUGGCCUUCAUUCCGUCUAUUGCUCCGUGGUUCAGUGGGAUCAUCGCCACCGCUUCAGUGCCUCUUAAAACCCCUCUGGACGCUAGAGAGGUCCACGAACUCUUCGAGACGAAAUACAAGGACGAGAAACUCCUCCAAUGGAAACGUAAAGAUAUCCCUGAUGUCCGGCUUAUCGCUAAUAAACAUGGCUGGAUCGGCGGUGGUGUGCAGGUCCAUAGUCUUCGCAAUCGAGUCGUUGUUGUCGGCGUCCUCGAUAAUCUCCUUAAGGGUGCUGCAACUCAAUGCUUACAAAACUUGAACUUGAGUUUAGGUUUAGAUGAGUUUGAAGGGAUCCCUUUCAAUUAGAAUAACAUGGCUCACCUUAUUUUAUUAUACUCAAUCAAUCUUCUUUGAAACCCUUUACAUACCCCCCCCCC